CACUAUACGAACAGCUUAUGAAGACUUGAUGCCAGCAAAAAGGUUUCAUUUGACGAAAAAGGAAAAAAAGGGAAAAGAGGAAAAUAUUGAAAAUUGAAAGAAGCCUCUCAUUGGUCACUGCUCAUCCUCUUUGUUUUUCUUCUCUCUUUCCCCUAAUUUGCAUAUCCAAGAUUUGCAGACAAGGGGACUUUCUGUACGUUAUACGUAAGACUAUAUAUAUUUGGGCGGAAUGUUAUUCAGAUAGCUGAAGACAAGAAGUUGAUUUUGGUUGGUGAAAAAGAAGAAGAGGACUAGGGGAAAUAGGUGAAUUUUGGGGGAGAAAAGGAAGACAAGUUUAAUUUGGAGAGAAAUAUGGUGGGGUCAAAAAUGGAGGGGCCGUCUGCACCAGCAUUGCGGCGAGACCCAUAUGAGGUGCUUUCCGUGUCCAGGGAUUCUUCUGAUCAAGAAAUUAAGACAGCCUAUAGAAAGCUUGCUCUCAAGUACCACCCAGACAAGAAUGCUAACAAUCCUGAAGCUGCAGAACUUUUCAAGGAGGUUGCAUAUUCAUAUAGCAUUUUAUCCGAUCCAGAGAAGAGGAGGCAAUAUGAUAGUUCAGGGUUUGAGGCCCUUGACGCUGAAGGAAUGGAUAUGGAGAUUGAUUUGUCAAAUCUUGGAACUGUCAACACAAUGUUUGCAGCUUUAUUCAGCAAAUUGGGUGUACCUAUCAAGACCACUAUUUCUGCUAAUGUUCUUGAAGAGGCUUUGAAUGGAACCGUCACAGUUAGACCUCUUCCAAUUGGAACUUCAGUCAGUGGAAAGGUAGAAAAGCAGUGUGCACACUUCUUUGGUGUAACUAUCAGUGAAGAACAAGCAGAGUCAGGAAUAGUUGUUAGAGUUACUUCAGCUGCACAAAGCAAAUUUAAGCUCUUGUACUUUGAACAAGAUGCAAAUGGGGGAUAUGGUUUAGCAUUGCAGGAAGACAGUGAAAAGACAGGCAAAGUUACAUCAGCUGGAAUGUACUUCUUGCAUUUUCAAGUGUACAGAAUGGAUUCAACUGUAAAUGCGUUGGCAAUGGCUAAGGACCCCGAAGCUGCUUUCUUCAAAAGACUGGAAGGCCUUCAACCUUGUGAGGUUUCGGAACUAAAAGCUGGCACUCACAUAUUCGCUGUUUAUGGAGAUAACUUCUUCAAACCUGCUACCUAUACGAUUGAGGCUCUUUGUGCGAAGACAUAUGAGGAUACAACUCAUAAGCUUAAGGAUAUCGAAACUCAGAUUUUGAGGAAAAGAAAUGAGCUACGCCAAUUUGAGACAGAAUAUAGGAAGGCAUUGGCACGAUUUCAAGAAGUCACCAACAGAUAUAGUCAGGAAAAACAGUCUGUUGAUGAGCUGCUAAAACAGCGAGAUAGCAUCCACUCUUCUUUUACUGUUGCGAGGGCUGUUGCCAUCCCAAGUGGGAGUGGACAUUUUAGCAAUGGAAGCAGCAGUAAAAUUCCUGGUGAAGAUUACAAAUCUGAGAGUCCAGGGGAUGAGGGCAGUUCAGAUUCAAAGGAUAAGUCUUCAAAGAAGAAAUGGUUCAAUCUUAACCUCAAAGGAUCUGAUAGAAAGUGAAUAUGGUAUUAGCACUAUACUUGUUUCCUGAGGUUUGAAGUUCCUUAUUGCAUGCAAGCGUUUCUGCAUGGUAGUCUGUUGUCAAUACAAGGCUUGCCUCUUAUUAUGUGGUUGAUGUUACUGAGAAUUCUCGUGGCUGUUCCAUGUGGUCUGUGAUAUUAUUUCUGUAAAAUGUUGAAAAUUGUAGAGGUUUGUGUUACUAGACAUGUAAUUCUUGGAGCUGUCGAAUAUAUGAGGCCCAAGUUGGGAUAGUUUCUAGAACAUUAGAACAAACCAAUUAGAAAAUGUUCGAUUUUGUUGUAACUGUAAUUUUGUUUGCAACACAUUUCAUUAGUUACAUUGUCAAAAAUAUUAAGCUUGACAGAGCAUC